AUGGGCGUCGACUUCUUUGCGAUUGGAAUCGACUUCGGUGCUACAUACUCCGGUGUAGCGUUUGCCCACUCCGCCCAUCCCGAUGCCAUUAAAGUCAUUACCAACUGGAAGGACGGGAAUGACCAGGAAAAGGUACCAACCAGGAUUGCCUUCGACGAAGAAAGAUCUCGAGUUUACUGGGGUCAUAAUGUCCCUGCCACAAUAGAUCCGUUCACAUGGUUCAAACUUCUACUAAUCGACCAGAACAUCCUCAGCGAGAACACGCGGACGUCACCGCCCCUCUCCACCGCUCGUGAAUACCUUCGUGUGCAAAAUCAAAAGCCUGAUGAGCUCGUGGCGAAAUAUUUGGAGCAGCUGUGGAACCAUACGCUCGAGACUCUGACAGCUCAGUUUGGCGAUGAGGUGGUGGGCGACGUGUUCGCAGUCUGUGAUGCGGGUGGAGGGACGGUAGAUCUCGUCAGCUAUGCGGUACUCAGCACCAAUCCUAUGAACGUGAGAGAAUUUGUGAAACCCGAGAGCGCAAUUUCUGGAGCAGUUUACAUCGAUGAUCAGUUCGAACGAGGGCUACGCCAGACGAUAGGAAGGAGGUGGAAGUCUGCGAGCGUUUGGUCUCGUAGGCAGGUCAUCGAAAAAGAUUGGGAGGAUGGGAUCAAGAGGAACUUUGACGGCAAGGAGCGCGAUUGGUCCGUGACCUUGCCCACAGAUAUGGUCUCAGCAUGGAACAGCAUUUUGGCGCGGAGAAACAAGAAAGCCGAGCUGUUCUUUAAGAAUGGGAAAGUAAUCAUCAAAUCGAGACACGUGGAGGAGUGGCUCCAAGAUGUGGUUCAACCUGUAAGCCGUGUGAUAAGGCACCAAAUCUAUGCGGUGCACAAGAAGCAGAGCAAGAUCAAGUCAAUUCUAUUGAUAGGUGGCUUUGGCUCCUCCAAAUACUUGUACCGGCAGUUAACUAAAGAAUUCGACAGCAUUGAUGUGUUGCAGUCAUCUGGCUCGAGAGGGUGGAGUGCUGUCAGUCGCGGUGCCGUCAUCUGGGGUCUUUCAAAUAAGGGCUCUGGGUUCGCCAACAACACACUUGUUCGAUCACGCAUACCCAGAGAAAGCGGCGAAAUCUCGGAGAGUCAGCUUUUCAACUCCUCAAGGAAUCGCCACGGCGGUGGCUGCAGAAUACCGUUGGCGCGAACUAACUGGGCACUGGGUGCUGCCGUUGACAUGCACGACACUUCUGAGCCACCAAAAUACAUGUUACCUACGAGUAUAGACCCGGAUAUUCCCGACGUAACAGACUCUGACGGCUCUUCUGAACUAAUGGAAGUCGUGGUACAGAAGAUCAGGGGACCAGAUAUUCCCGACCUAACAGACUCUGACGGCGCUUCUGAACGGUCAGAAGCCGUCAUGGAACAUAUGAGUACAGCACCGAAUCUAGCUGAUGAAUCAGACUCUGACGGCGCUGCAUUACUGGCUGAAUCACAGUCGUCAGUGGGAGCUUCCAGCACCUCGAGUGCCAUGAGUGUGGGUAGCGUCACGGCCGCGUUGGACGUCAUCAAUGCCUUUGUUGUGAGAUCCGUCUUCUGCAAACAGGACUUGCUGUCGAUCAUUACUCCUGCUUUACAAAGCUCUCAGGACGAAAUUUGGAAAUUUGAGAUCAGAAUCUGUCGCUUGAUCCGACGGUACGGCAAGGCAUUGACGACAGAAACUAGUGAUCCGAUCGAGGCUGAAGCAGCAAGGUUUCUACGCUCAAGACGUAUUUCCUCGCGCAUUGCUCGGCAAAUUGUCGAGGACACGAGCCAUAAAGUGCAGCGCGAAGGCUCGGCUUCACGGGAGCUAACCAUUCCACAUGUGCGUCAGGAUUUCACUGAUCAACCGGUGAACAAUCCUGCAGAGCAGUUCGACAUUAAUGAGGCACAUGGCCUGGACAUACUCGAAGAUUUGAGCGAGCGAUCAGCAGCGUCUUCAUCAGGUGACAACGACGAGCACCACAGGUCGGGUAUUGGCAAUGAAAGGUUCCAGAGUCUAGAGAACUUCCUGCCUUCUGGAAGCCUGCAGUACGUAGAUCUUCCAGAGAAAGCGACGACAGCGCUAUUGGAGGUUUUCGCGGCGAGUCCCACAUAUCUGAACAUCCAGGUCACUCCGGCCGGACAAAAUCUUUCAAUCAGUUCCAAGCCCGUGACGAGUAGCCUCCCUACACAAACGAACGCAUCAACCGGCCAAGGACCAUCUCAAGGCCAGUCAACGAAUCCUACGAACAGCAAUCCACCGUCUGGGCCUGGCGGUAUGAAUCCCCACCAGCAUAGUAGCCAGAUGAAGCCUAGUAUUCCCACGCCCUUACAGCUUCGCCAGGUAUACCUAUGCAUAAAGAAAGGCGGGAUAUGGAACACAGCUUACCACGUCCGACCGGUGCGCACCGAAACAAUGCCCAUUGAUCGAGAGUUCUUUUCCAAGUUGAAAGAAGAGUACUUUUCAGCCCGCGGCUGGCUUCGAAACUGGUUUUCAAUGUAUCGAUAUGACCACAGCGAAUUCUUCAGAGUAAGAGAGGCUUUCCUCAUACCCAAGCAACAGAAGCUAAAGGCAUCAAAGUUUAGGAAAUACGACGUGGAUAGCAGUGAGCCUGUCGAUAUGGAUUAUCCGCAAGAUCAGCAUCCCGAAUACGAAUUCGCUCCAGAUCCACUCGCAGAGCACUCUCGACCUCCUCAUGGCCCUAUUGGCCCUUUACAGUUCUUCAAUUACUUUUACAGGUGCAAAGAUGACAGUUGGUACUUGUUCCAACGACAGCGCCUCUUCCCCAACAGGGUCAAAGCCGAUUCGCUCAAGGCAUUGCCCAAACACAAGCGGGAGCUCGACAUGUCCGACGACCAGACGGUUCUGUUCUGGGGAAUAUACGCAAAAGAAAAUAGAUGGGCCAUUUGGGUGUUUGCGUACAUCUUCUUGUUCAAUGUGUCCUGGAUACUGUUCGCGAUUCUCUGGAUGUUUCCCUGGGGCCACCGCGCUGAUUUGCAGAAUGGGUUUGUGCCGCUGGGGAUUUCGAUUACGUCGACUAUGGGCUUUUUGGCGUUGAUGGUGGCGAGUGGGCCGGAUGCUGAGAGGCCGAAUCGUUGA